AGUGUCUAUUUCUUCGCCAUUGGACCAUUUUCAUUCGAUCAAUCCUCUUCUCUUCUUCAUCGCCGGAGACCACGCCGUCGCCGCCGCCGUUGACGCCGCCGUGACCAUGGCCUCCAUCUCGAUCCUCUCCCUUCUCCUUCCCCUCCUCCUCCUCCUCUCCGCUGCUGACGCUCGCCCUUGCAAGACCCUCUUCAUCUCCUCCUUCUACUACUCUUUCCCCACCACCGAUCGUCCCUCCCUCCAGAUCCGCGCCUCCUCCUUCACCGUAUACCGUGUCUCCCGCUCCGAUCUACAGCCAACUCUGUCCCGCACCAUCUCCUUCCACCGCCCUCUCGUCUCCCAUGCCGCCGUCGCCGACGAAGGCUUCCCUUUCGGAUCCCUUCGCGAACGCGCCCGCGACAUCAUGGCCGUCGUCGUUGGCCUCCUCUUUGGCGUCGGCUGUGGCGCCCUCACCGCCGCCAUCAUCUACUGCGUCUGGUCCGUCGUCACCAACCGCUUCGACUUCUGCUUCUCAGCCAGCGAUGAUCUCGAGGAGGACGAGGUGCCGAGUCCCAAGAAGAUGGGGUACGUUACGAUCUCUGCUGUUGAGCCGGUCGCUCCAAUCAAAGAAGGGUAUGAGGGAAAAUAUUAGGUUUAGGGUUCUUAUUGAUUCACAAAUUUAUCGCCUUUCCGAUGUGGUUUCUGAAUAACAUGACAUCUCUAUAUAUUAUCUGCGACAUAUGACUUGCUUGGUUGCUUGCUUUGUGAGAUAGCAUGCAAUUGUGGAUUUCUAUCUAUAUGUAUGUGUGGGUAUGUGAUGUUCGUGCUUUUAAAGAAGUGUUGGUUCUUGCAUUUCAUUAUUUAUGUAAUUGUUUGCAUAUGUGAAUCAGUGUUCUUGUUUGUUCAUGAUGAAUCUUGUAUGUUCGACA